AUGAUUGAUCUUUGCACACCAUAUUGGAUUCGAUGUGCUAGUACUUCAUCAAAACCAGCAACCGUAAAAAAUUGGAUUCAUGGAAAAGCUGUCGAAUCAAAAACUAAUGAUUGGAUUGAAAUGUCAUCAACUGAUGAUGGUGAUGAUAUUUCUUCCAUUGAUGAUCAAAUAUUUGAUCGUUUUUGCAUUGAUAUAUUACCAAAACUUUAUCAUAAUGCCAAACAUCUUAUUCUUGAAUCAAUGUCUAUAGGAUGUAUUCGUCGUGUUGGCAAAUAUCCAAAUUUAACAUCUUUCAGAUUGUUUAGUUUCGGUCAACAUAUAACUUUAAAUCAUUUCAAAGUGAAAGAAAACGAUAGUGGUCACGAACAAGUAUUAACUGCUAUGAAUACAAUGUCAUUAAUACCAAAACCAUCGGGUACAGGUACACUCAGUAAGUAA